AUGGCUACCAACUCAGCAAUGUACGCAUCCUCACGGCGGAGGCAAUCACCAUCACUGGAGGCGUUUCUAUCACCAGUUGAUCUCUCCAACGUCCCUCUCAUUCAAACCCUAUCUUCAAUCUCAUCAGAAAUCGUCUCUUGCUUCAGAAACGUACGUUUCUCCUUCCAACAAAGAAACUCACGUUCCCUGAUACGUAAACUCCAAGUCUUUACCGUCUUGUUCCAACACCUCGCAGAAGAUUCAAGCUUGAGUCCCACGGAAACGUUGUGCUUCAAGGAGCUUUAUCUUCUCCUCCAUCACUCCAAGUUCCUCCUCCGCUACUGCUCUCACUCCUCUAAGCUAUGGCUCUUGCUUCAAAGCCCUUCUCUUUCAAGCUUCUUCCAUGACCUGAGUAAAGACUAUUCCACCCUCUUAGAUAUCCUCCCCGUUGAUAGUCUCUGCCUUAGCCACGACGUUAGAGAGCAAGUCAAGCUCUUGCACAAACACUCAUCAUCAAGACUCUUCGUUGAUGAUAGCGACGAGACGCUACGUAACAGACUCUACACGUUUCUCAACGAGUUUGAGAACGGGAGUGUACCAAACUCAGAAGAGCUAAGCUUCUUCUUCUUUGAGAAACUUGGGAUUAAAGAUCCUAUAAGCUACAAAAGUGAGAUAGAGUUUCUUGAAGAACAGAUCAAGAGCCACGGUUGUGACUUGGAACCUACGAGAUCAGUGAUUAACGGUUUUAUAGAUAUCACACGGUACGUCAUGUUUCUCUUAUUCAAGAUUCAAGAUGGUGACGAGUGGAGCGUUGACAACAUCAAGAAACAGAGGACAAGUUUGAUCUCUGAGGAGAUUGAGAACACGUUUACAACGCUUCCACAGGAUUUCACUUGCUCCAUCUCUCUCAGUCUCAUGAACGAUCCUGUGAUCGUUUCCACUGGGCAGACUUAUGAACGUAGCUCUAUCGCUAGGUGGAUUCAAGAAGGAAACUCUACUUGUCCUAAAACAGGACAGAAGCUUGUAGACUUGUCUGUUGUUCCUAAUCUAGCUUUGAGACAGUUGAUAACACUUUGGUGUGAAGUUACUGGUUCAUCUCAUGACUCACCUAAAGAGUCUCUCCCUAAGGAGUUUCAAACAAGAGCUUCAACGGAAGCAAAGAGAGCUACUGUAUCGAUUCUUGUACAGAACCUAGCAGACGGGUCAGAGUUAGCUGCAAGAGAGAUCCGUUUUCUAUCUAGAACAGCAACGGAAACACGUAGGUUUAUUGUGGAAGCAGGUGCAAUCCCUCACUUGCGUAGGCUUCUCAAAUCAGAAGAUGCUCUUGCGCAAGAGAACGCAGUUACAUCCAUCUUUAACUUAUCUCUGGACGAGGAAAACAAGAGUCUGAUCAUGGAAGAACACUCUUGUCUUGAGCCGAUAAUGAGCGUUCUCGUCUCUGGUCUUACAUCGAAAGCCAAGGAGAUGGCAGCAGGUACAUUGUACACUCUUUCAUUGGUACAUGAUUACAAGAAAACGAUAGCAAACGCUGAUGGCUGCAUCGAGUCGCUUGCGUUGGUGCUGCAGAAAGGAACGGUGAGAGGGAAGAAAGAUGCUGUCUACGCUUUACAUAACUUAUGGUUACAUCCUGAUAACUGCAGCUUGAUGGUGAACCAGGGAGGAGUGUCUGCGCUCGUGGGAGCUUUGGGGGAUGAAGCUGUGGCGGAGAAAGUUGCGGCAGUGUUGGGAGUAGUAGCAAAUCUACAGUUAGGAGCAGAGAGUAUAGGGAGAGAGGAGUCAGUUGUGAAUGGGCUCAUGGAAGUGAUGAGAUGUGGAACACCUAAAGGCAAAGAAAAAGCUAUUGCGACAUUGUUGCAACUCUGCACAACCGGUGGAGCUGUUGUGGUGGAGAAGGCUGUGAAAACACCGGCUCUUGCGGUCUUGACGCGUAAGCUUUUGCUCACGGGUACAGAGCGAGCCAAGAGGAAAGCCAUUUCACUCUCUGAGGUCUGUAAUGGGUGCGACCAAAACAAGCAGAGAUAA